AUGAAAUCCCUAGCAAGAAGUUUCGUGUACUGGCCUAACAUCGAUGAUGCCGUCGAAAAAUAUGUUCGAUGCUGCAGACCCUGUGCUGAAGCUGCUAAAUCACCACGCCAGACGGACCUGGAGUCGUGGCCCAUUCCAUCGAAGCCGUGGGAACAAGUUCAUAUCGAUUAUGCAGGCCCGAUCAAUGGAUACUACUACUUUCUGGUAAUUGACGCAUAUUCAAAAUGGCCAGAAAUCUACCGCACUCGAAGCACAAACACAACGAAAACGUUGGAAAUGCUAGACGAGAUUUUUUUCAAGAUUCGGCAUUCCAAAAAUUCUGGUUUCGGAUAUGGCUCGCAAUUUGUUAGCGCCCGAUUCAAGCAAUUCUGUGAUGAAGCUGGAAUCACCCACUCAACAAUUGCGCCCUACCAUCCACAGUCUAAUGGACAGGCUGAGCGCUUUGUGGACACUUUGAAAAGGAGACUCAAAAAGUUACGAGAGGGAGGAAAACCAGAAACUUCCCGACAUCUUCAAACUUUCCUUUCCGUUUACCGGUCCACACCCAAUCGAAGUGCUCGUGAUUAUAAGCUCGUGACCUGCAGAGCUUUUUCUAGCACACCAGCUGUAAACAGUAAGCAGAAUAACCAGUUUAAUCAACGCCAUGGUGCCGUCAAGAGAGAGUUCUCCGCUGAUGAUUUAGUGUACGCAGAGGUUCAUCAUCACAAUCAAACCUCAUGGGUUCCUGGCAAGGUGAUUGAGAGAAAAGGCUCCGUCAUGUAUGCUGUACUUUUGGAAACCGGUCGUCUCAUCCGUUCCCAUACGAAUCAGCUACGACAGCGUCAUCUAGAAUCCAUUAGAGAAGCUACUGAAUCAAAUUUACCAUGGACCGUGCUGCUUGUGAAAUUUGGAAUGCAAAAUCUGUGUACUGUGUACUCUACUGUUCGGAUGAAACUGCCGAUCCCGAUUCCAAAGAAACUCAACAACCGCCUGAAAUGCUGCCCGAAUUGGCACAACCAAUUCAACAACUGCUUGAAGUAUUGCACCCUGCCGAACCAACAUUGGACCAAGAAAAGUCGCCACACGGACCGACCUCCUUCCUCCGAACGGCGCACGGCCACCAUGUAUCCAGCAGUGACGAUUGGAUCGGGUGAAUUCGCGCCACAACCACCAACACAUACCAGCUUAGCCCGCGGUGUCUACCCGAAAUGUGGAACAACGCUGGUCAACGGGAGUCAUUGA